CCGUGUAAACAAGAUUUGCAUUCAUGAAAUCCGUGCGCCCAUUGGUGACGUCAGCGCGUUGUUGCGCGGAAAACUGUGCCGCUAUCGACCAGUCGGCCCGCGAGCUUUGAUUCCGCAAUAUAUGCAAUAUGCGGCGCGGACAUACUUAGGACACGCCGGAGGGACGAGGGUGAGCCGGAAGUAGAAGAAUGAACAACCAAAAGUAUCACGCACCUUAUCCCCCGCUGUCGGGGGUAGGAAUGCACUCACCUCCGAUGGCAACAGCCCCGCCGCAGCCGAACGCGCUGGCUCCGCCGCCAGGUGGUUGGUCGCCGCCGAGUACGAUAUAUCCACCCGGCUUGGAAUACCUUAUGCACCUUGAUUAUCUUUUCGUGAACCAGAAAAUUGAGUUGCUUCAAGCUUUUACUGGAUGGGAAACUAAGAACAAGUAUGUUAUUACGGAUAAUAGGGGCGAGACGGUGUUCUACAUGGCCGAGGAAUCGGGAGUCUGUUGGCGAUUGUGCCUGGGAAAGUAUCGUUCGUGCGAAUUCACCAUCUACGACAGAAACCGGCAAGAAAUUCUUCGUAUGGUUCGACCCUUCAGAUGCGACAGUUGCUGCUGUCCUUGCUACCUGCAGGUUUUAGAAGUGUAUUCUGGAAGUACUCUAUUGGGCAGCGUUACUCAAGAGUGGAGUAUUUGGCGACCAAAGUUUUAUGUUCGCGAUGCAUCUGGCCAGCCAGUGUUGAUGAUAAAAGGGCCACUUUUUCGGUUUUGUGUUGACGUAAUUUUUAAGGUCAGAUCGCUAGAUGGGAAGCAUCGCAUUGGCACGAUCCGAAAGCAUUGGAGUGGCUUUGGUCAAGAGAUGUUUACCGUUUCGGAUAAUUUCGGCAUUAACUUUCCGCGGGAUCUGGAUGUGAAGAUAAAGGCCGUGCUGCUGGGAGCGGCUAUUCUAAUAGAUUUCAUGUAUUUCGAGCAGGAGCCCUAAGUGUUUCAAUUUUAAAAGAAGACCAAAACGAAUCGUUCAUGUUAACUUUAUCUCUAGCAAAGAUAUUUUGUUAUGUGUUAAAUAUCUCGAAAGAUGUUUAACUAUGGAAUGCAUAAAUAAGAGUGAGAGCUGUGUACAUAUACUCGGGGUAGAAUUUUAUUCAUCAUGAACACUGUGAGAUUAUAACUACAAUUAUACAUUAGACGAUUCUCCCAUUUUUUAAUCGUUUUACGAAUAAUCUUUAUUACUUUUAUACAUAACUAAGCUGUAUUUAAGUAUACUUACAGUUGAGCUUACAUUCGCGGAGAUGUAAUCGAACUCGUAUCCAUUGUAGAGUUUGAUUUCAAAGAGCUCUCUAUUUUAUUAUCAACAUAGUGCAAUUUUCUUUAUAUCUAUCUAAAUCGUUAUUCAUCGAUUUGCAAUGCGUCUAUCUUCCUAGAUCGUCUCCCAAAUAUCGUAUGAUAUAACAAGAAGUUAUUUUCUUCAUACACAUACACAAAUAGAAGAAAAUUGUAUUAUUUUACAUAGCAUCUUGAUCCUGUUCAAUGAAUAUAGCUUGUGCAAAUAAUUUCGGAAUUUUCAUUAAUUACAAAAUAUUAUCUUUACAUCAUUACUUUAUUCGUGAUGUAAAAAUUAUAUAUGUAGAUUAAGAGCAUAAGAAAAAAAACAUUGGCAAUUGUAUUAGGUAAUAUACAAUUUUUGCAUCGUUGUAAUCUCAAGCUUUAUACAGAUAUUUUGUUACUCACGCAACAAGCACCUUGCGUUUUACAGACUAAAAUACAUUAAUAAAAUUAAAUUUAUUAAUUUUCUUGUAUACGUAUUUUUAAAUAUUAAAACAUGAUUCUUAGAGAGAGCAUAAAUAUCCCCAUGAUCAUAUUUAUAAUACAUAUCUUUUAUAUAUUUACUAAUUAUGUUAAAAUUCAUUACAAUUCAUGUUCAUUACGUCUAUUCUUUAAAGUUUCUGACACAAGCGCCUUCUAUUGUUAAUUUAUUAAUUAAUGACAGAUGUACCAUUGGUUAACACAAGAUCUUAAAAACUUGAUCUUUUUUUAAUGAAAAAUACGACAGUUUUAAAUAACUAUAUAAUCAAAGUCAUCAUCCUAUAUUCCUCAAUAUCAUAGAUUCAUAAAUUCAAGAUAUAUUUUACCACGUAAUUUGUUUAAUGGAUCCCCUAUUAUGAGAUAAAAGUAUAAAAAAUAAACAGUAACUUAAAAGUUUAACAGUACGUGACAAAGAUACAAACGGUUCGAAAAAUUAGGCAAUACAAAACGCUCUCAAGGUUUUAGCAGAGUAUCAGAAAUAAAAAAUGCCGAGUAAAGUGGGAGAAUAAAACACGCAACAAAAUACAUAAUGUGUAUGUCUUUUUAUUUUCGUGUUUCAUUACUUGUAUUCUCACCGUACAUCUUGUCGAAUCUGCUGGUAGUACACUGUCUCUAUAAUAUGCCGCAACGCUUGCUCGCGUGUGUUUUGUAGUGCGUGUUAAUAUCCCGUCGCGCAGAUGUUCCUUCCCGGCCUCUCACGUGGUAAAAAAGAGAAUGAAAAAACAUGAAUGUCGCUCUCCGCCAUCCGCAGACUAGAGGACCGCGGCGCACUGAGAACAGGCCCCGCGACCUUUGAUGCUUCGUGACGAUCUCAAGAACACGGACAAUUUAAAAACCACCGUCGUCGUCGUAGUCGUCGAACAAAUAUCUCUUAAAACAGCGACGUCUUCCCACUCUUUUCCUUCAUUAUCUUGUUUAAUAACGACAAUCGCGACGAAUUGCAGGGGACUAGUACUAGAGCACUACUAAGUGUGUCAACGCGCGUGACUAUGUAUCAAUAACGAAUGCGCUUGCGACAAAA